UAUAUAUAUAUAUAUAUAUAUUAUAUAUUAUAAUAUUAUAAUAUAUACUUAUACAUAUACUUGAAUAAAAUGUAUGUGUACUGAGUUAAGUUGCUUCUUUCGAAUCUGAACAAAAACCGGAUUUAAUCCGAGAUUCUAGACAUUGAAUUUUGGCCCUAUUGAAACGAAUAAAAUGUUCAACAAAUUGAACAAAUGAACAAGUCGUUCGUGAAUGUUGUUUACUUGCUUGCUUUUAUUUAACGCGAAAUUAAAUCGGUAACAAUGGGGUCGAAGCUCGCGGUUGAAAAAGACGUACGAUAUAUCGUAGUUGUUACAAGAUCGUUAGCUUCGUCCAUGAACGAAUUAGUCACUACGUUCAAGACUGGUAACACGUGGCUGAUCCGCAACCACGUCGAAUCUUAUACCGCAAAUCUGGGUCUACUACACAAAUAUUUUUGUAGACACUUUACGCGUGGAAGGUGUCUUCUUUCUGCCUUUGUAUAUGCGUGUGUUUAUAUAUUUAUAUAUGCAUAUAUAUACACACAUACAUGUACACACAAGCACGUAUAUACAUACACCUAUAAAUAUACAGUUAUGAGAACAGAAGUUGUUGCAUCGAUAAUUAUACAUGAACAUAUAUCUAUAAACGAAGCAUAUGAACAUGUAUACAUAAAUCGAUAGCUAUACACAUUCAAAUGCUCGAUGAACCGGUAUUCGUUGGAAGAGUUUACAAUUUAACUUUGUCAAAGAAAAAGGAAAAAAAAAAGAAGCGGAGAAUGAACGAUCAUGACAUACGUAGCAUAAUGCUUUUUACAUGCUAGUGUACAAAUAACAUUUAUAAUCUGUCGUCAAAAUCCAGCAGUUUUCAUAGAGGUGAUCGAAUAUACAUUGUACGAUCCUUUUAUGAAUACUGGAUCUGCCUUUUCGAAAGAUUACAAUGAUUACAUACACUUGAAGUUGUGCAUACACGACCAGCGCGCGUGCACGUAUAUCUUAACGUAGAAUACACGUAUGUGCACGCGCGCGCGCGCAGCAUACACACACAAACACACACACACACACACACAGACUAUAAUCGUACAGUGUAUUGCCUUUGUUAAAUAGCAUUCGGAUAAAGCCAUAUUUUUCCAUGCAAUGCAAUAAUCCAGCAAAGUAAAUUACCGUAAAUGUGAAACAGCCUAAAUAGAAGAGUGCCAGAUAUGAGAAAAAAGAAAAAAAGAAGGAAAAGAAAAGAAAAGAAAAGAAAAUAUUAUGACGAUGAUGAUGAUAAUGAUGAUGAUGAUGAUGAUAAUGGUGAUGAUGAUGAUAAUGAUAAUGAUAUGAUAACAGUAAUGAUGGUAUUGACGAUAAUAAUUGAUGUUGAUUAUGACGGUGAUUAUGAUGAUGAAGAUGAUUAUGAUUAUGAUGAUAACGACGACGACGACGACCAUGAUGACGAUGAUAUAUCAUGAUGUAAUGAUGUUGAUGAUGGCGACAAUGAUGUUGCUGCUGAUGAUGAUAAACAGGAAGAAAGAGAAAGAAGGGGGAAAUAAGAAAAGUAUUCAGAGUAAAACGCUAUACAAUUUCCUAUCAUUCAGAACGUAUCUGCCUUUUAUUCUGGCCUCGUGAUAAAUCCUGACUUUAUUUAUACUUGACAAUAUACGGAAUACCGUGUAAAAAAAAACAACUAAAAAUUAGGUUAGGAAACUUUGUGAACAUUUGGUUACUCGCGAUACAUGGCAAGACCUGAUAUUCGAUCUCGUUCGCGCAAAAUCGAGUUGGAAACGAAUUGGAAAAAUCUGUUAUAUGCGGGAAAUUCAUUUUCGCUCCUCUCCUUCCAUCAUUCCCUCCCUUGCCCUCACUCUUUUUCAACCUGUUUAAUUUUGUAUUAUAGCUGCAUAGAAUCUUUCGAACUGCACAAAGGAAGGAAGGGAGGAAGAGAGAGAGAGGGUGAGGGGGAGAGAGAGAGAGAGAGAGAGGAGGGAGAAACGUUUGCGACAUUCUAUAAUUUUUAUGUUUUUUGUCUAUCCUUUCUCCUGUUCUUCUUUUUUAAAAAUGGAUCCGGUUUCGUUUCCUUCUCUUAAGCCUAAUGAUUUAUGUUUCAUUUAUGUACUGUUUGGUCGUUGACAUUCAAUUCGAUCCAAGAUCUUCGUCAAAGAAGAAGAAAGGAAGGGAUGAAGAGUAUAGCGAGUGUUGUGCGAGUGUUGUACGGUUAAAAUCGGAUGUUGGAAUAACGAAUAAGUAACGGAGAGUAGUUUUUUAUUAAGAUACAUAGUAUCGUCGCUUGAGGUUUCGUAUCGCGCGAAUCAUCGUUCAAAGAGUUCCAGUUGACAAAGGUUUUAUACAGAUCUAUUAAAAACCAGUAUUUCAAACCAAUGAAGAAUAAUUAGUUUUCUAAUAAUAACGAUACAUUUUACGUAAAUUUAGUACAGUGCUUAAGUCAGUAAUGCUCAGCGUAUCUAACAAAUAUUUUUAGUGGAAAGCCGUGUCAUACUCACGUGUAUUAUAAUGCCCUUAAACUAUGUAACUAAACAACAAUCAAAGAAGCGUGAACGAUACUUGAUGACUUAUUAUUAUUACUACUAUUACGAUUAUUAUUAAUUAUUAUUAUUAUUAUUAAUUAUUAUUAUUAUUAUUACUAUUACUACUAUUACUACUAUUACUACAACUACUACUACUACUACUACUACUACUACUACUACUAUUACUACUACUACUACUACUACUCUUAUUAUUAUUAUUAUUAUUAUUAUUAUAGUCAUUUCCUUAGCAGUACGUAGAUCGUAGCCAUUUCGAGGCAGUUUACGUUAUAUUUAAUUAGAUUAUCGCUUCGGAAUACAUUUUUAUGGCGGUAUUAUUAUUUGUAGAUAGAAUUUGCGAUUAUAUUUCUUACGAUAAUCAAUCGAUUGCUAUAUUAAGAUUUUAUUUUACAGUUACCGAGAUCAAUGCCCUGCGAAUAGCGGAGAAUGCGAUCGAUCGGUCUUUGCAUUGGUCUUAUUACGCACCCAUUGUUUCUUCUCUUUUAUCAUAUUUUGCUUGAUCCAUAUUUACAUAAAUACAUAUACUUAUAUACAUAUAUUUUGUAUUAUAUCUUCCAUUAAAAUGCUAAAGUAUUGAACUUUUACCGUGAGAAACAUGUUUUCCGAGAUAUGGUAUUAUACGAAGAAAAGAAUAAACCGGGUGAGUGAAACAAAGAAUGAGUGAGAAAGAAGAGAAGACAAAGAGUGAGGGAGAGGUGGCGAUGAUGGAAAAUUGCACUUUCCGAACUCCGCUUGAACGAUGAGUACUUUAUUAGAAGAUUUGUCCAUUUGGUAAAACUCUCGGUCGAUCUUCCCGUCCCGAAGUAUAACAGACCGAUCGAUCGAUUCCUUGCUCGAAUUACAAUCGUGAAGAACGUUCUAUAGAUAUUUUUCGAAGAAAACAUAAGCCUAUAAAAAGUCCAAUUUUCUAAACGUAGGUUCCUUAAGAAUAACAAAUUUAGUGUAACCGUUAAGAAAGUGUAGCGUGUAUACGUAUUAAACGUAACGUCGCGUCGUAUCGAGCGAGGUCCGUCUUGGAACGUUUAUCGUUCGGAAGGAAAUGAAAUGCGAUCGGGCGAUAAUUUGUUCCCGAUGAAAAGACGGGAUCGUCCGAUGUGACACGUGUUUUCGGGAGGGACGCACGCGCGUUUGGAACGCCAGUACGCGUCGCAAAUAGACGGAUAAAUUAGCGAUUAGCGGCAAAUAUAGAUACAUGAUAUGGAAAUGUCGCGCAAAGCCCUGCGCUAUUAAGUUGGACCGCAUUCUCGCGAAAGUGUGUUGCACUCGUCGCUCCGAGUCUUAUCGUGAAAAAUUGAAAUAUAAAAGAUUACCAAGGAGAAUAAAAAGUAAAAGGAGAAGUAUAGAUGGUGUGGGAGAAGGAGAAAGUAUCGAAUUGUAUUUCUUUUUCUUCCUUGUUUCUAAAAUUUCUGUCGUGGCCCUUAAAUGAUACGAAAACGCAUGGAAUGGCGUGUAUGACGAGGCAGAGAGAUGGUAAAAGGGCAACGGCAUCGUUCGCACGAUUACCGAACUGAUUUCGAGAGAGGAAACUUCCGAUAAAUCGGCUCUCCAUCAUAACGAUCGAUAUCGUAGCUCAUACAAAUAUCUAUUAUUCGAUAAUAAGAACGCUAAAAUCGCAGCAACGGUAACGAAUUUGAAGUUUCCUCGAAUCGCAACACAUAGGCACUUCUGUACAGAAUUUUUCGUAGGUUGCGAAGAUUUCCAUUGAAAACUCUGCACUUGUCGGCUUCGUGAAAUUAAAGUAUUGUUGUUUGAUUUACGCAUAAGCUGUACGUUAAGGACAAAAAAAAUUGCUUAUAAUUUAGGGUCGUGUAACGUGUGUUAGCGAAGCAUGCUUCUAAGUAGAAAGAUAGGACAACGCUAUAACAAUAAUUAUUAUAAUUAAAAUGAAUUAAGAAUAUAAGGCAUUUAAUAAGUGCAAAGUAUUUCUUAAUAAAAGUACUUCCAAAAAUGUGACUGCGUUCAGUUAUUUCGUUAAAUCGUAAAUUGUGUUUCACUUAUUUUCGUUGCCACGAUUCCAUGUACCAUAUUAACGAUAAAUCUCGUUGUUUCGUCGUUAAAACCCGAUAGUUAAUACCUAUGCUAGUAGAGAAAUAUCAAUAUCGAUCUUUCCGAAAAUUCCAUGGGGGGUGUUAUCGCGUUGCAUCGAGUUGCGAUAAUUAGAGCGUAUUUGGCAGACGAGGGAAAUGCGAAACGCUCGAGUACUUUGGUUGUUUUUCACGAAACGUAGUCUUUUCUUAGAAACACGGUCUUUCGCGAAUUUUUCUCUUUUCAGUUUGCCUAAACAAACAAUUCUAUACGCACCGUGUAAAUGUAAAAGGGAUUUUGCUACGAGACGGAGGCCCGUAAAUACGCUGAUGAAUCUCGCGUGAUUGGAACUCGUGUGCCGUCGAUUCGAUUUAGCAUCGAGCCACGGUUGAGAAGAGAUGCUCAGUGAACGGACCGAGACAGCUAGAGCGAUAAUGACUGGACAGUUUAUCUCGACGUACGGACACGAAUGCCGACUCGCCAAAGACGCGUGCAUCGAUUUUGAUUUCGAUCGGCGAAAACUCGAGAGGAUGCGAAGCAAGCUGUGAAAAAAAAGAAUAGAUAGAGAGAGAAAGGGAGAGAAACGUCGAUGAGACAUUGGGAAAAUUCGAAAGAAAUGAGAUUGUAAAACGGAGGAUCGAAGAAAGAGGCGAGAACAAGAGUACCCGACUUCGAAUCGAGUUCUUCGAAACGAAAAUUGCGUAGUUGUCGCGAACAGAUGAUUUGGUGCGCACACUCCCGCGCGUUCCCUUUGUGUUAUUUUCGGGCGGAAUCACCGUUCAAAGCUUUAAAUAGGACCGACUUUCCGACAAAGAAGACAGUUUACAACAUCGAUUCUACAUGCUGGAACAUCGCAGAGUAUUCACCAUGCCUUCGGAAUGCAUCGCCAAUCCAUUGCAGCGAGAGCUAGCCGAUGCUAUAAUUCGAUUGCAAUCGCUCGACGAGAUUCGAAUCCUGCUGGCCUGCGGAGCAAAGGCGAACGAACCUGUAACGCAGGGAUUGAGGCCGUUGCAUUACGCCGUGUGGCAGAGGUACACGGAAGCGGCUCAGUUGUUGCUGGUACGUGGCGCGGACAUCGAUGCGACCGACGAAUGUGGCUAUUCGGCGUUGCAUCUUGCUGCUGAACAUGGUUAUUUGGAUUUAGUAAAAGUAUUGCUCGAGCAUGGUGCCAAAGUCGAUCAUAGACCGGAAACCGGAGAACUUUUUCCAAGGACAACUUUGUGCGACGAACCGCUGCGGCUCGCUUUGAAAAAUCGGCACGUAGAGGUGGCCAGAGUUCUGCUGGAAGCUGGCGCGAAUCCGAAUAAAAGAUACUUCUUUGGAUCGGAAAUUAAUCUGGUCUCUCCGUUGGAUCUGCAAUGCAUGGAGUUGUUGUUAGCGUUCGGGGCUCAACCGAAUACGCGGGAUCGCGCUGGACUCACACCGUUGAUGAAAGCGGCGAGACUGCCACAGGGUAUAGCUUCGGUGCUGCUUCUGCUGAGCUACGGAGCUGACGUUAAUUCCAUGGCUGAUUCGCGACACGACUACCGGACUGUUCUGCAUUACGCGAUCCUCGGCGGCGAUCCGACGGUGAUCGAUCUGCUGCUAAAGCAAGGCGCUCGUCUCGAUCUCGGACCCGAGUAUCAGAAACCCACGGCUCUCGACCUGGCCAUUUUGAAAGGAGAUCCCUCGUUGGUACAAAUGCUGUUGAAAUCGGGUGCUGAUGUGAACGCUACCUCGCCGAUCAUCGGAUCGCCCCUUCACGUUGCCUGCGCGGACAACAUUCCGAAUAGACUGGAAAUCCUGUCAAUGUUGCUGGAACGAGGAGCGGACCCGAACUUGGUGAUACGCAGCGACGAAGGUCCCGCGUUGAGACCGGUUCUCGCAGAAUACGUCGCUUCGAACGAGAAUCCUUCGGUCGAGGUGGUAGCCCUUUUACUCAAAUACGGGGCAAGAGUCGUCAUCAAGACGCAGUUCCGCGACCCUCACGGCAUAUUGAACUCUCUUCAGAACACGGCUGAUAAGCCACGAUUGUUGAAGGCGUUGUUGGAAGCGGCAGAAAGUUUCGAUCUUUGCAUGAUAAGAAGAUCGAGUAGUUUGACAGACGCACAAAAGGCACUUGUGAUGGAAGCAGCACGGACUCCAUUGCCUUUGACUCAUCAAGCCAGGCUAAUAGUUCGCAAACUUUGCGGUACUAAAUUGCCCAAAAUUGUUCGUACGCUACAAUUACCUCAGUCGUUGCAUCGCUAUCUUCUCUACGAUUUUCACUGAUCGUCGUCGGAUCCAAUCGACGUCUCGUUGCGGCUUUCUGUUCGCAACAUGAUCGUAUCGUAUCGCACAUGGCGCAAGCGUGCUAUUGUUUCUCCUCCUUGUUCGUUGCGCUCGGCCACCAUCGCUGACUCUCUCGUCGACUCUUUCAUCGUUGCGUUGUUCUCGCUAUUCUUGUCUAUUCGUUGAUACGAUUCGUUUGAAAUUAUCGGUUCGCAUGUCUCGGUGUUGUUUGACCAAGCAUGUUUAAGGAACAUGUGCAUUUCGUUCGAACGUAUUUCUCACCGUGCUUGACAAAUAUAGCGAUCGAUGUCGACUGGUGCAUCUUUUCAUUCUGAUUCUGAGCGUUCGUCGUCGAUGUACUAUCCAUUUGAUCGGAAUUAUGAAAGAAGAUACAGAGUCGAAUUCUAUUCCUACGAGGUAUAUAUUUUCAUUUCAGAUGGAUGUUUCAUUUGCGUCAUUCAUGAUCGAAGAUCGUGUUCGUGAUUUUUACGUACACUCGCACUAUUCCUUUCCUAUCAGCGACUUAUCUGCUAAACUUUUGUAUAUUUAUUUAGCACGCGUCCUCAUAUUUGUAAAUUUGUAUAUCCGCGUAAAUAAGAUAAGGGCCUGUAUAGCGCGGAUGUGCGUGUGUACGUUUGUCAUAUGCGUGGCCGUUCUUAUACAUAUACUUACAUGUGUCAUUGUAUAUACAUGUUUUGCACACUUGUGGCGCUGCAUAAAAUUUACGAGAUGAAAUAAAAUAAACGAUAUCUCUGUCUUA